AUGAAUGCAUCAAAAAGGGGCAUAGAUAGACCUCUUGAAGUGGAGGGUGAUGACCUGGUGGUCGCCUUGCGCGCAUCACCAGAGGGGUCACGAGACCCUUCCGAGGAGGUGACCGUGUCGCGCGCCGUGUUUGAUAGUCUUAAGCGGGCGCAAGAUGACAACGCUAAGACCGUGGCUCGUCUGGAAGAAAUGUUGCUGAAAACCUUGGCACAGAGUCAUGGUGGGUCACGUCGCCGGAAAGCGGAGAAGCAGAGAGAUCCCGGACUCGGGUGUGCCAACCCGAAACGUCGCCGUGUGGAGGCGCCCAGUGACGCUUCUGAAGGCGACGAGGACGACGAGAGUGAUGAUUCGCGCCGGCGCCAUAUGAGGUCGUCGAGGUCGCCUGUGCUGCAGAGCGCGCUUGAUCUGCUCCCUGCAGACAAGGCGUGGAAGGUGAAGCGUGCGAGGGUCUACCUGUUUAUGACGAAGCCGUACGCAACGAUGACGUUUUACCCGAGUAGCGACGACAAAACCGACGGGGUUUGUGCGGUUUUGGACCGUCUGCCCUACAGUUACGCGUGCCUGGCCUUGGCUGCUGACAAGUCACGUCGAGCUGAUUUGAACAAGACGCUGAGCGAGUGGAAGACCCGUGCUGCAGCGCGAGUUAGAGAUAUCGCGCUUCCAAAGCUCGGGUUGUUCCGUGACGAGAGAGAUGCUUCGAGCCCAUGGGCACCGGAGAAGGAGCGCAGCGCAGAGAAGAUCCGGGAACGCAUAGGGCUGGCCGGUGAGGGAGAAGAAACUCUUGCCCUGUCAAACUGGAGCAACGACCGCCAAGGCAUGCCAUUUGCAUCCGCUGCUUUUGUCGCGUGCGCCAAGGCUGCAUUCAAGCCGAAGAAGCCAGGAGUUCCUCUCACGCUGAAUGUGUACCACUUCGCCUGGCUCGAGCACGUGGUGAGUGUGAAGGCUUGGAUAGUGUGGCCGUUUUUAUCGCUGUUCGGGCUGGCUAAAUUGGUUAGAUGGUUGAUGCAGGUCACGGAUGCUGUCAUGUAUUGGGAGGAGCGCAAAGGCCGCCUUUCCAACUCUGCGGGUGGAAACGGCCACGUAGUCAAUGGGCUCAAGGUGCUCGCCAAAGGAGCUGUUGAGAGGGCUAUCGGGGUGUUCAAUCCCGAAUGGGAUGCUGAGCGUCAGGCAUGGAUUUGGGGCCACCACGGUAUGCUUAUUUCGGUUAGUGGGCUCGAAGGGAUGAGGCCUGCAGGCGGAUGCCAAGCCGACGAUCUCGGCUGUGACGAAGAGUUGUCCGCGUCCUUUGGUGAUGAGUAG